AUGACAGGUGGCUCCACUGCUGGCGUACCUCUCGCAACCCAAGCGCUCCGCACCGCUCGCCCCAGCCAUCUGAAUUUAUACAAUCCAGUCGAUUCCGCGCCUCAUCCUAUUCGACCAGCCACACCGAAUGCCCUCCCUGCCAUUUUUGGAGUUUUUGACGAUACCCACGAGAUUUACGACCCGUCUACGUUAACGAAUCCUUCGCGGCAGCGCCAGCAGCAGCCCGCUCUUGAGUCUACGUUUCAUUCGUCUUUUCAGCCUCUACCUCGAUUAGCAAGCGCUUCAAGUAACCUUCGCCCAUCGCGACGGUUCUCACCUCGAGGCGGGAACAGCCAACCGCCAUUGACAGCUCACCGCCGUGUAGCUUCGAUCGAUGCAAGUUUUCGCGCUCCCCACGAGCGCAAUUAUAAUCGACCCUUGAUUAAUUCAGCAUUUGGACGCCGUGAAGCUGGUGUUACCUCCGCUGAGAUAGAUCCAGCUCUCUCUGAAGCAGAGACAGAAGCUGGCGCAUCAACAGCAGGCGACUCGGUCACCCAAAUCGACCAAUCCUACUGGCCAUCACGCUCCACGAGAGUUUCUCCGCGCACUGCUUCUGCAAUCCGCUGGGCUUUGGAGGAAGCCAUUCGCAAGCCCUUCCCUUUCACCCCUGUCCUGGAGGAAUUGAACGCUCCCAUGUCGGAGCUGGCAGGUCCUUCUGGACCAGUGGGAUCAGGAGCUCAGUCUCGCCCACAGAAUGGAGGUUCGCGUCCGGUCCAAGGGCCACGGCUGCACACGCAAGUGCCUGCAGGUGUGCGAACACCGACGGAUAUCAUGAGGGACCGCCGAGAUCGGGAAGCAAAAAGGAAGGCAGAAAAGGAAGCCCGCGAGCGUGAACUGCAGGAGCAAGAGCAAGCCAAGCAACACUUUCAAAGCCAACAGUAUGCCCCUGCUGCUGGCGCUACAAGCGGAGAUUUUCCAGUCCAGCGACGGCAGCCCAAUGUACGCCAACCGGCUGGAGUCGAUCCAGCAGCUUACGCAGAGCAACCUCCAACUUCUUUCCAACAACCAUCCGCCAGUAGAAGGACAGAAAUUACUCGACCUUCGGGUAGUGUAGCGAGUACUCAGCGAUCAGGAAUACCUCAGAGCCAGAUCAGACCACCGCCAGCUGCAUCUCAGCAACAGGCUGCCUCAGUUAUACCUGCAGCAACUACCUUUCAAGCCCCCCCAGCUCAACCCCAGCCACAGCCACGACAGGCACUACCUACUCAGGGUGCUACCCAGCCGGGCCCAAGCGCUUCUCAAUCCUCGCAGGACGCUAGCCAAUCUCAAGCUCAAGAACAGCAACGCAGGACUACAUUCCCUCAUGCAUUCGAGCGAUGGGAAACACUGUCAUCACAUUGGGAGGGUCUAACUGGAUAUUGGAUUCGCAAACUUGAGCAGAACAAUAAUGAGUUGAGCCAAGAUCCAUUGAAUCAGCAGAUGGCUCGUCAGAUCAAUGACUUGUCUGCUGCGGGCGCAAACUUAUUUCAUGCAGUGGUAGAAUUGCAACGUCUUCGCGCAUCGUCCGAACGUCGCUUUCAACGGUGGUUCUUUGACACUCGUUCAGAGCAGGAGAAAGCCCGAGAAGUACAAGCUGAUCUUGAACGCCAGGUGUCCGCGUUGAGAUUGGAGCGCGAUGACGCCACUGAACUACGCCAGAAGGCGGAUACUGACCGCAAAAGAUCCGAAGACUUGGUCAAAGAGAUGCGCCGAGAAUUACAGAUUUCCAAGGAAGAGGCGAGAAGAGCUUGGGAAGAGCUUGGUCGCAGAGAACAGGAGGAACGAGAACGAACAGCCUCCCUUCGCAACGGUGAGCCUACAGUUGUAGGUGGAGUACAAGUCUUGCCUAUGAUCGCGGGAUUGCCUAGCCGACAGAAUAGCAACGCGAACAGACCAACAACACGUGAGGGACCUUAUGCUGGCGGUCCCGGAACGUCUAGCAUGGGUGGCCAGCACGAAGAGCCGGUAGAACAAGAUCAAUAUGAGGAGCGGUCGUCUUUGUCUGAGACAGAUCCCUUCGUUGAACGGCCGCGAACGGGCCAAGGAAACCAGUCUUCCGCACAUCCGCCAACGUCUUCUUCAGGUACAUUUGUUGGUGGCACUCCCACUUCUCAACCUCCCGCCCAUUUGGGGGUCUAUGCAAACCCACCUGGUCAUUUUUAUCAACAUGGCGGGUCGGCUCUCCAUAACGAUCCAGAGCCUGAUACUCGCUCCUACGUUGGCAGCACCGAAGGAAGUGAAUUAGAAGAGUACACCACCAACCCCGAAGGAAGAUAUCAUCAUGAACCGCAGGGCCACAUGUAUGCGGGCAGCGAUGACUAUGAUGAUGAGGACCAGGCAGAGUAUGAUCCUGCUUAUCCGCCAAGCACUUCUGCUUCGGCUCAUGGGUACGACCAGGGCGUUGAUUACAGCGGGUCGGGCUGGGGUGGUUGGGAUUCUAUAACCCCUCGACACCGGCAUCCUACGCGUCUGAGUGACGUACUGGAAGAGGAAGACGAGCGUAGCCGAACCAGCCCCAGUCGUGCCAGCCAAGCAAGUCGUGGUUUACAUUGA